CGAUUAUCCUGAGGCCUAUAUAUAGGGCAAGAUUUCCACAUGGCCCACAAAGUUGGAUCAAAAGCUGCCGGAAAAAGAGCCCCAAUGCAUUUGAUUAAGAUUGCCUUCAUACUGAGCUUUUUGGCUCUAUCCCAAAAGUCGCAAGUUCAAGCAGCAAUCAGUUCGGAACUCGAUCACCAUCUGCGGUGUUUGGAAGUGGUGACUGAUGCCGGUGCCCUGAUGAUCGAGAACUCCAUAACGGCCAUAAAGCUCCUAUCCGAAUGCGUUGGUUAUCAGCCGAAAAUCAAACUAAAUGGUAGUGUUCUAAGAUUUAUCAGGUUGGCCCAUCAAUUCGCCAAGAAGGCGAUAUACGAUCGACCGGAAUGCCUUGUCCAAACCUUUACCACCGGUGUCGGACUGAUCAGACCGAUUAUAGCCAAGUUUGACAGCCUGAGGUGCUUUGAUGAUUAAGACAACCCACGCAGUUUAUAGUUUGAAUAAAUAUUCAGAGUAUACCGAAAGUUUGCCUGGCCAAACAAACGGAUCAGAACCACCUUAA